UUUGAGUGGUUCUCAAAGCCUCCAAGGUCUCAGAUCUACACAUAUAUAUAGGGGUGCAUCAGGACUGGAAAUCUAAUUGACACAGGCAUUUUGGAGAGAGAGAGAGAGGUUUGAGGGAAGAAACAUGAUGUUGGUGUUGGUUUUCGUGGUGACCGCACUGCUUGUCAGUGAUGUGGCAGGGACCACAAUUCUCAACGAGGUGAAGGAGCAACUGUACCAUCCUCAUGUUAUAACCCGAGGACAUUGUGAUGAAAACUGGUUUUACUUUCCUCCUUUAAACACCUGUAAUAGGUUUUUCCCUGACAAAAAGACAUGGAAAGAAGCUGAGGAGUUCUGCAAUCAACUCCCACAUUAUGGAAAUCUGGCUUCUGUGACCUCGGCCGAACACAACACGUUCAUUGCUAACGUGAUCCGUGCUGUGGAUACAAGCAAGCCUUGGGCAUGGAUUGGCCUGAACGACAUAUGGAAGGAAGGGGCUCAUACAUGGGCUGAUGGAACUUCCUACACUUACAGAUGUUGGGCUUCAAGACAGCCUGAUAAUCACCAAGGCAAUGAAGACUGUGUGCACCUUCUUUCUAGAAGUCCUGCACCUUGGAAUGAUUUGCCCUGUGGAUCGAGGAUUGGUUUUGUUUGUGCCUACAAACUUCAAUGUACUUAGAAGACUCCAGUGGUUUCCAGCGGUGGAUUCAGUGCCUGAUUUCUUUGUAGCCACUCUCACUGUCUGUGGUGACUGUACUCAUUUAGUUUCUCAGUCAAUAAUAAAGAGAAUUGCAUCCUGA